AUGUCAGACGUGGAAGAGAUUGCUCAUGCUAUAGCUGGUGCUGGAGGCGGUGCCCUCUCGAUGAUUGUGACUUAUCCGUUGGUUACGUUGUCUACUUUGGCACAAACGACAAAAAAGUCAAAACUGGACAAGGAAAUCGAUUUAAAAAAACCGGUUGAAACCAAAGAAUGGCAUUGCCGAGUUGUCCAGAGACUUCAAAAACUGUCCACUUUGGAAGCAGCGCGCAAGAUCCACCGUGAAAAGGGCAUUUUGGGGUUCUAUUCUGGGUUGGAGAGUGCCUUGUACGGUAUAACCCUCACCAAUUUUAUCUAUUAUUACUUCUACGAACUCACUUCCAACGUGUUUUUAAGGGCCAAUGCCUCCACGGCGCGCCGGGGAAAGGGGCUCUCGACGUUCCAGUCGAUUAUCACCGGAGCAAUAGCCGGUGCCGUUACUUGUGUGGGGUCCAAUCCGUUCUGGGUAGCCAAUACCAGAAUGAUGACAGCUAAGAAACACGACAACGAACACGGCGAAGACCACGCCACCAGCUCGACGUUCCGCACGCUCUUGAACAUCAUCGAGACCGACGGGCCUGCCACUUUGUUUGCGGGAGUGCUUCCUGCGUUGGUGUUGGUGAUCAACCCCAUCAUUCAAUACACGAUUUUUGAGCAGGUGAAAAACGUUAUUAUUGCCAAUGGAGGCAAGGCUGCGUUCACGUCGAUCAAGGCGUUCUUCAUUGGUGCUUUUGGCAAGUUGAUAGCCACGGCUUUGACGUAUCCUUACAUCACGCUCAAGUCGCGGAUGCACAUCAAGAAGAAGAAACUUUCGGAAAAAUUGGAUGAAUCGCCAGCGGAAAUCAAGUUGUCGAUGAUUCAGGAAAUCCGCAAGAUUGUGCGCGAGGAAGGACUUGAUGGGUUGUACGGUGGGUUGACGGUGAAAUUGUUGCAGUCGAUAUCCACUGCGGCAUUCCUUUUCUAUUUCAAAGAGGAAUUGUUAACCGGCUCGGUUAAACUUGUAGAGAUCUUGCGGAUGGUGAAAGCCAGAAAGCAGGGUGCAUAA